GUUUAACAGUUCAGAGACCAUGAAAAGCCUCAACUUUUACAGCCACAGCCUAAAGCCUCAAGGCAACACAUAAACCAAGAACCUCACCCCCACUCGCCAGUCUAAAGGCAUGGCAGAGAGCCCAGUGAAUCACCUACUCACAAAGCUUGCACAAUUCUUUGAGAACGAGGUGCGGCAACUGACGGGCGGUCAAGAAGAAGCCCUCUCAGUGAGAGGAGAAUUGGAGCGUGUCCGGGCCUUCCUUAGGGUCGCAGAUUCCCUCGAGGAAAGCGAUGAUGAAGUCAGAGUGUGGGUGAAGCAGUUGAGAAACACAGCCUACGAAAUGGAGGACGCGCUUGACGAGUUCUCGCUGAUCCUGAGACACGAUCAUGGAGUCGGGUUCACUGGCCUUAUCAGCAGGAUGUCCUGCUGCAUCAAGAACCUGAAGGCUCAAUACCGCGUCACAUCUGAGAUAAAGCGCAUCCACUCCAGAGUAAAGGGCAUAUGUGAUGGGCACCGGAGGCUGCGCCACAAAUUCAGCAGGGCUCAACAUGAUCCGAGCUUGACUGGGGCAGAUAACACGUGGCACGACCACCGAGGCAAUGCCCUCCUACUGGAUAAAACUGACCUAGUGGGCAUUGAGCAGCCGAAGAAUGAGCUGGUCGAGCGUUUACUUGAUGAGGCUCUCGGGCGGGAGGUCAUCUCUGUCGUGGGAAUGGGAGGGUUGGGCAAAACCACUCUGGUGAAGCAAGUCUAUGAAGAGCCUGAUGUGAAGAAGCAUUUCACGGUGUAUGCUUGGAUCACUCUCUCUCGGUCCUCAAAGAUCGAAGAACUCCUCAAAGACAUGCUCGAUCAGAUCAUGAGGGUGAUCAGGAAACCGGUCCCUCCAGGAGCCAACACUAUGAAUAGCCAUUGGCUGAAGAUGAUCAUCAAGGACCUGCUUCAGAGAAGGAGGUACCUGAUUGUCCUUGAUGAUGCAUGGCACAUACAUGAAUGGGAUGCGGUCAAGCAUGCCUUGCCCAACAACAGUCACGGAAGCCGGGUGGUCAUCACAACCCGGAAUGCCGAUCUGGCAUCUACCUCCUGCAAGGAGUUUAACGGGCUGGUAAAAAAUAUGGAGCCACUCGAUCCUGAGCAGUCGUGGAAGCUUUUCUGUCGGAAGACGUUUCAGGGGAAUUCAUGUCCUUCCCACCUGGAGGAAAUAUGUAAGUACAUUUUGAGAAAGUGUGAAGGGCUACCACUCGCAAUUGUAGCCAUCAGUGGUGUUCUGGCUGCAAAAGACAAACGGAGGAUCGACGAAUGGGAUGUGGUACGGCGCAGCCUUCGUGCUGAGAUCGAUGGCAACGACAGGCUAAAGAACUUGAGGAGGGUUCUUUCCCUCAGCUUCAGCGAUUUGCCGCACUACCUGAAGUCCUGUUUCUUGCACUUGAGUGUAUUUCCCGAGGGUCACCAAAUUGAGCGCAGGAGACUGAUCCGGCUUUGGGUAGCAGAAGGGUUUGUUGAGAGAAAAGAAGGCAAGACCCUUGAAGAAGUCGCAGAGGACUACUUCAGCGAGCUCCUGAACAGAAGCCUGAUGCAAGUGGCUGACAUGACAACCGACGGGAGGGUCGUAUUGUGCCGCAUCCAUGAUUUCCAGAGGGAAAUAAUAACUUCAAAAUCAAGAGAUCAAAGCUUUGCAACGAUUGCCAAAGAGCAGACUGACACGUGGCCAGAUAAAGUUCGCCGCCUUUCAUUGCACAACAGCCUGCAAUCCGCACAGCAAAACAGGUCACUUUCUCAUCUGCGUUCUCUGUACAUGUUUGGGGUGGACAGGGCAUUCAUAGACAUUGUCCUAGGAUGUGACAUUAAACUGCUAAAUGUCUUAGACUUGCAAGCCACACCUUUGUCAAGGUUCCCAGUUCAAGUUGUUGACUGGUAUUACCUAAGAUAUUUAAGCUUCAGGCAUACUGAGGUUAAAACAAUUCCUACUUUGAUAGGGCGGCUUCAGAACCUAGAGACACUAGAUCUUAAGUACACAAACGUAACUCGAUUGCCUGUUGAAAUCUUGAAGCUGCAAAAACUCCGGCAUCUCUUGGUGUAUCGGUAUGAGAACAUAUCCUAUUUGUGCUACAAGUAUGGCUUCAAGGCACUCCUGGAGAUCGGGGCCCUGCAGUCCCUUCAAAAGUUGUGCUACAUUGAGGCGGACAACGAGGGGAAUGACAUCAUCAUGAGAGAGCUCGGGAAGCUGACGCAGCUAAGCAGGUUGGGCAUCCUGAAGUUGAGGAAAGAGGACGGAAGGGCUUUAUGUUCAUCGAUCAUGAAAUUAACCAACCUCCGUGCAAUAUCUGUGGCUUCAAUCGAGGAGGACGAGAUAUUGGAUCUGCAACAUCUUACCUCUCCGCCUCAACUACUGCAGAGGAUCUACUUGAAGGGGCGUCUUGAGAUGCUACCAAACUGGUUAGCCACUCUUCACAGUCUUGUCAAGCUGCAUUUACGGUGGAGUCGGCUGAAGGAUGACCCCCUCAUAUCACUCCAAAGUCUGCCCAAUCUCGUGCAUCUCGAGCUGCUCCAGGUCUAUGAAGGAAAGACCUUAUGCUUCAAAGCCAAAGGUUUUAAGAAGUUGAGAAUUCUGGGUCUCGACAAUUUUGACGAACUCAGAUCCGUGGAAGUGGAGGAAGGAGCAAUGCCCAGCCUGGAAAAGUUGAUCAUUCAGCGCUGCAAGCUACUGGAGAAGCUGCCGUCAGGCAUUGAGUAUCUGACCAAGCUCAAAGUACUUGAGUUCUUCGACAUGCCUGAUGAGCUGGUCAAGAAGUUUGUGCGUGACGAGCAGGACAAGGAUUAUCAGAAGGUUGCACACAUUCCUGAAGUUUACUAUGGAUAUUGGAGAGAUGGAGGCUGGGAUGUCCAAUCAAUAGAGAGAUCGUCCGAUGGCGACACCUCUCCUCGCCAGGGCUCUGGCAUGAGGAGCAAUCAGUUCCCUCCAUGCUGGAAGUAAUGUAUUGACUCUUUUUUCAUGAUGUGAGAAUUUUAUGUGCAUAAUGUUUGCAAUGUACAUACAAGGGAGAGUAUGACCGUAAGUAUAGCAAAUGUUGACAAUAUCAGGCACAUGUAAAAUAAUGUAAAUACUAAGUUAAUGUAAUUUUCUACGCCUGUAAAUGACAUGAAUGAAGCAGCUAGUUCACUGUUUUCUCCU